AUGGCCGGAGCUUCGUCCACUGCCUUCUGCACCUACCGUGAAGACAACGGACACAAAUCAAUGAGAAAAGCUUCAGGGCAGGACGCUGCCAGCCCUCCACAAAUGCUCUCCGUGAGUGAAGUCCUGGAAACAGCUCACGAGAUUUCCAAGCUGACCAUCGCCCACGAAAUGGUGCUCAACCAGGACUUCAAACUGCAAGCCGUCACCUUCGCCCCAAACAGCCUGGAAAACAGAGUAAAGGAAGCACUGCACAGAGCCUUCUGGGACAGGCUGAAGGAGCAGCUCUCUGCUAGCCCCCCGGACUACACCCAGGCAAUCCAGCUGCUGCAGGAGAUAAAGGAGGCUCUGCUGUCGCUGCUGCUGCCCCGGCACGACCGCCUGCGCAGGCAGAUUGAGGAAGCUCUGGACCUGGAGCUGCUCCGGCAGGAGGCCGAGCACGGCGCCCUGGACGUGGGCAGCGUCGCCGCGCGCGUGCUGGACACCAUGGCCGCGCUGUGCGCGCCCGCGCGCGACGAGGACGUGCGGGCGCUGCGGAGCCUCGCGGAUCCCGUGCAGCUGCUGAGGGAGAUUUUCCGGGUGUUGGACCUCAUGAAGAUGGAUAUGUUGAAUUUUACCAUCCAAAGCCUCCGUCCCCACUUGCAGGAGCACUCCGUCCAGUACGAGCGGAAGAAAUUCCAGGAGCUCUUAGAUAAGCUGCCUAGAUCCAUAGCCACGUCGUGCCCGCUCAGCGUCGCUUCCAGGCAUCCCCUUGUGUUGCAGACACUCUUUAUGGACCAGGCCCGACUGCAGCAAGUCCGGUCGCAGGUGAAUCAGCUUGUCCUCAUAGCUGCAGUCCUGCUAGUGACCAGUGGCAUGUGUGGAAGCACCUUGUUUGGCUCACCUGGGUUUGUAGCUAGGCUGAAACGGGUAACAAAGGUCCUCUUGGAAGGGCUCUCUUGUACCAGGUGUGAAGAGGCUUUGCAAGACGUCGGCGAUCAGGUGCUCCAGGAGGUCGGCAGGACCCUGUCCCAGCUGGGUUAUCCCCCUUUCAGCAAAGACAAAUGCACUUCCCUGAAGGGCCAGAUAAGGAGCCUCGCGGACAAGGACAACGCGGUGCGGAGAGUCGUCGAGCAGCGGAUUCAUUCAUUCCUCAGCCUCUUCGUUUCCCCUAACGGCCAGAGCUCCCCCAAGGACCUCCCAAAGGGCCUCGAUGCCGUUCAAGAAGAGUUGCUGGCCCUUGGGCGCAGGUUUGGCAGUGUGAUCCACCACAACAGGCAGGUGUUUGCACCCUACUACUCGGAAAUUCUCCGGAAAGUGCUUGAGCCGGAGCCAGACGCAGGAGCAGACUCUCUGUGA